GAGGCGGGGCCUGAGCCCGGGGUCGUGAGGGCGGGGUUGGUCCCGUGCAAUGGCGGCGGCGGCUGCGCGCGGAGCCAAGCGGAGCCUGCGGGCCGAGCUGAAGCAGCGUUUGCAGGCUAUGAGCGCCGAGGAGCGGCUACGCCAGUCUCGCCUCCUGACCGAGAAGGUGAUUGCCCACAGUCAGUAUCAAAAGUCCAGGAGGGUUUCCAUCUUUCUGAGCAUGCAAGAUGAAGUUGAGACGGAAGAGAUAAUCAAGGACAUUUUCCGACAAGGCAAAACCUGCUUUAUACCGCGGUACCAGUUCCAGAGCAAUCACAUGGAUAUGGUGAAAUUAGCAUCAGCUGCAGAAAUUUCUUCACUUCCCAAAACAUCGUGGAACAUCGCUCAGCCUGGGGAAGAUGAGGUUCGGGAGGAGGCCUUGUCGACAGAAAUGGUAAAUACCACCAUGAAAACACCUGCUAUUCCAUAUGCCUGUGGCCUGAAAGAAGUCAGAAUCAGGAGGACAGACCAGGAGUGGGCAUCAGCCGGGCCUCCGAUGACGAGAGAUGGUGGCGCCUGAGAGCGGAGAGGACGAGUGUGUGCCGACACACGCGGCCUGUGGGGUCUCCAGCCUGGGCGGCAGACCACCCGAGGCCGUCGAGGACGGUCUGGCUCGCCGUCUGGGUGCGGAGCUGCUGACCGAGGCAGGGAAGCGGGGCGGGGAGCAGGGAGUGAGUCCCUCCUGGGUGGUCUGGGGCCCCCGGAGAUGCUGGUGGGUAGCUGGCUGGGUGUGCAGAUCUGGAGGCGGGAGGGCAGAUGCUGACCCAGGAGCCCUCGGAGGGCGCUUGUGGGCAGACCCGAGGUUUACAAGCAGGAGCCUGCUGACAGAUGUGGGCCAGACUGCGUUAAUUUACCUUUCCAGAGGAGGAUUCCUAGGUCACAUGCUUUUGACAUUAUUUCUUUGAUGGGUGUAGUUUGUAAAAGUACAGAGAACCAUAAAUAUAAAUUUGGGGAGUAUUAGCUAAAAGGAGAAAGCAGCAGAAUCUUUAAGUAUAUGGCAAUAGGUGUUGAUAAUGUGCGAGAAUGAAGAGGCUACAAACGAAGGCAAUGUUUGCAUGCCUCUGCUUUUGCUGUAGGACGGGCAGGAUAAAAUGAUAAAGGGAUGCUGGGAGAAAGAAUGCUGUCUUUGGGCAAGACAGUCUUUUAUUAGGGCGAUAGGAUCGAUGAGAGUAGGAAAUUGGAAAUACAAGAAUAGCCCUGCCACCCACCCAUCCACUUUUCCCAUCUCUCCUUCUAGGAGUAAUUUUCAGCUGCAUGUUGUCAGUGAUAAACCACAAAUAAAAGCAGAUUUACCUAGCGGCCCCCUAGGUAGGACUUGCAUCUCUCAUAUACCAUUUGUAGGUUUAACAAAUAGAAUGAAAGAUGCUGAAGGAAAGGAAAGGAUGAACUUACGCUGUUGGUUUUUGGUGGUUGGAACGAGGUGCAUCUGUGUCCAGGUUGCCAUGUCCUUAACGUGGGCACAUAGUCUUUGAGAAAGCUGGUAUUUGAGGGGAUCCAUCCACAGCCAGCCUCCUUGGCCAGUCCACGCUGACUCCCUCAUCUCAGUUUGUGUUGGGGUUUAAAAGGCAAACAAGCAAACAGCUCCACACGGUAGAGCAGCAGGUCAUCCGUGCGUUCAUCGGACUGUGACACGCCGUGGUUUAGUAGGCAGAGGAUGACAAGAGUCUUACUCCCAGAUGAGACCAUCUUAGGGUACUUGGCAUCCUUCUAGAUCAUGUGUGUGUCUUCUUUUUAAACCAUCUCUACAGAGGGAGUCAUACAUUCUGUUCUACAAUUUGCUUUUUCACUUGCUAAUUUUAAACCGUAGAGUUCUUUUCCUAGCAGCCCAUGAAGGUCCACCACAGUGUUUCGGAUGGUUGCAUAGUAACCUCUGUUGGUAGACAUUUAGGUGGCUUCCACUUUUUCAGUACUACAAACGAUGCCUGGAGACAUCCUGUUACGUGUCCGUGUACUGCACAGCUAAGUCCCUAGGGUCAGUCCCUGGCAGUGGGAUGCUCACGGACUCUUGAGUCUUUGUAGAUGUUUCCAGAUUGCCUCCCAAAGCAGCUUUGCUGCUUCAUGUGUGCACUGCCACCACGCAAGAUGCUUUAAUGCAGUCGUGAACGCACACGCACUGACCAGCUGUGGUGUGCUGGACCCGUGAUGCCCUGGGAAGGAACAGAUGCCUAAGGGCCAAAGGGUGCUCACAGUCUGUUGAGUCAGGCCGUGUGGAGGAAGAUGAGGGGUUGAUGGGGUUGGACCUCAGGAAACUGGGUUUCGUUACUGGCUCGGUAGCCUAUGGCUGCAUGGAUGUGCGUAAGCCUCAUAGUCUAAGUCUCUGUUCCUUCCUUUGAAAAUGAAGAUAGUAAUAACUCCUUCGCUGUAGUGUUAAGAAGGCUAAAUAAGGGAAUUUAUGUGAGGUCUCACAAUGCCUACUGUGCAGCAAGCCCUUGAUGGCGAUGGGGACCCUUACCCAGGAAGCGGUUUUGUCCUGGUGGCAACUGCACUGGGAGCAGGGGGUACCGCACGUGCUCUGGGGAUGCACAGGCACAGCCUGUGCCUGGCACUGCUCAGGAAGUGCAGGCACAGCCAAGCAAAGUCUUUGAGUGGAAACAGUGCUUCACCGUGAGAUUGUAUCGGGGGAAAUACAACCCUUUUCAUAAGUUCCUCAAAAAGAGCACCCUGCAGCGGGAAACCUCCCAAAUACAUCGGAAAAGCUGGCUAACAGUUGGGAGAGAGACACCUGGGCAUCUCAGGACCCCUGCCGCUUGGAUUUUCAUCCUGAGGAGUACUUAGUUUUGACCCAUCAGCGUUUCCGGUUUUGUUUUGAAGAAUUAAUCGCAAGAGUAAUCCCUCAAUUCAGUUUUGAUUUCCUCCAUUUAAAAAAAAUUACAAUGGUUAACAUGUUUACUGUGAGAAUGACAAAAUAUAUUGUAAGCUUUGAUAUGUUUUUAACCUUCAUAAUUUGUCUCCUACAAAGGAGGACAAAAAAUGUCUCUGCUUGCUUUGGGGAAUGUGACUUCUUUGUUUCUGCCAUCUUUCUGGGUGGCCACAAUUCCUCAUAUACUGGAUUUAACCCUUAGUCUGUCGAGUGCUGCAAGUAUUUUUGUCCACGUUACUAUUUCCUUAAUUUUGUGUAUGUUUUUGCUUUGGGAAAUGCAGAUGUUUUAAAUUUUAUUAGUGAAGUCAACCUUUUCUUUUAUGAUUUCUACCUUUGGCUUCAUUUUUAGGGAGUGUUUUUUCAUUCUCGAGAAUAUGUAAGUUUUCAUUUUAUCCUAAUGCUUUAAAUUUAUAUUUUUUGUAAAAUGUAUU